GCGGAAAAACUUAACUUCUGCUCUGCACUGUAUCACUUUAAGGCUCGGCUUUAAGUUUUCCUGUAAGCUCGGCUACUAGCUCUAAUGUUUAAAUCGUUGUCCCCGGGUAGGUGGUUCACUGCCUCCCAUGAAAAGGAAGAAAGGGAAUCGGACACAGAGAAAAUUAUUGAUCCAAGCGAGGAGAGGCUGGCAGAGCAGGCGUCGGGGUUUGGAAAUUACUUGCUCAGUGCUGCUACACAGGCAUCCAAGAAGUUAUCUGCAUCUGUGCUGGAGAAGGCAGAAUCCCUCCGUGUAUCAGUGGACAGACUUGCCAUCGAUGGCAUCUUAGAUAAGACCAUACUAGGUGAUUUUAAGAAAGAGCAGGACAAGUUUGUAAAAGAGAAGCACCAGAAGCAGACAACAGAUGUUGUUCCACCUUGGAUUGGUUUGAAUGAAGAUGAAUCCAUCAAACAAGAAAUUCUGGCCCUUUCACUGGAUCGCAGAAAUUUUCUCUGCAACCCUCCUGCAGGAGAUCAAUUUGAGUUUGACUUCAAGCAGUUCGCUCCAGUGGCCAUGUUAAUGUUGCAAGAAGAUACGCUACUAAACCAAAUGCGUUUUAGAUUAGUGCCCAGCCUGGUAAAGGAGGAGGUGUUCUGGAGAAACUAUUUCUACAGGGUGUCUCUAAUCAAGCAAGCCGCAGAACUUUCUUCACUGGUUAAUGACCAGAAAGGAGCGAAGAUUAGAGACAGUCAACAGAGCAUAGGAGAAAAAGUACCUCCUGCAGCAUUGCCUUCCAACACAGAUAAUAUUCCUGAAUGGGAGAGGGAGCUGCAAAGAGAGCUGGAGGAGUUUGAGGUUGUGGGCAAUGAAGACGAUGGCGAAAAACUGGGCAGUGACAGCUGGGAGCAGGAGAUUGAAGAACUCUUAAAAGUAUGAAUGCUAAAGGGACACACAAACCCAGCAUAUUCACAGUUUUUACUGCAGCAGUGCUGUAGGAGAAGCUGAGUAUAUUGACCUCCACGCUUCGACUACGUUGCCUGAUCUGCCUCAAUGAUUAGGUGUGUCCUAAUUCAGUGUUAUAUUAGAGUUUCCUGGGACAUUUUUUUUCUUGAAUGUUUAAUCUUAAAAUGGAUUGUGCCUUUCAAAUAUGUGGUAGCUGACAAUACUUUCCACAAAGUUACAUCCUGCAGUGCAAGUAUUUCCUGUGUGCACUUUAGCAUUGGUUUUUUUUUGUUCAAGAAUUUGAAAAUGAAUGUUUUUUUUUUUACAUUUGCCUAUAGCUCUAUUGACCAAAUAUAUUAUUCUUUUCAUAUGCUAUGUUCACUUUAUCCGCACCUUGAAAGUACAGUUGAGUUAAGAAAAACAAUAGAGAGGUUCUUGUACUAAACAUUUGGAUUCAGCAGUGAAUCGUAUACAGUACUAGUUAGUUGGCAUCAGCCUGGCUUACGAUGGGAGCUACACCUGUGUGCAUCUCUUUGGUGUGCACCACUACCCCUAAAAUGAUCACAGUCAUAGCAAAACUCCAGUGGCUUGUAAUUAACAAAUUUGACAUUUCUGAAGGUAGUACUUUAUCUCACAGCUUUAUUGUUAAAUCACUAUUUUCCCCUACUAAUGAGUUAUUCCACACCAAAAACUGUUUGCAAGGGCAAAAAACUUCACAAUUGGAGUACAGGCACACUAAGUGACUCAAGGAGUUGGGGGUGAGGACAAGAUCUGCAGUGUUGUAGCUUAAUGUUGAUUGCCCUAACCACUGCACCACACUGGAACAAAUACAGUAUUCUUUAUGAAUGUUUUAUCAUUAUUGUAAAUUACACAUUUAUUCCAGUGGCAUUUUUGGCAUGAAAAAUGUGUUGAGACCAUACUGGAUAUUACUUUUUUGUUUGCCACCUUCAUAAAUAGUACUAGUAAUAUGUCACCUUUUUCCUAGUGACUAGUAAGAUGUGCUGUUUAAUGCACUGUUAGCAUCACAAAAAAUAAAUCAAAUAAUAGAA